AUGAGUGGAGUGUCUACAACUACAACUACUCCAGUCAACACGGUCACCAUCACUGAAAACUGGAUCUUGCCAACUCCUACUGCUUAUAACCGUGUGAACUACUACCAAUACCUUAACAAAAACGUCUAUUCUUACGGCUCAGGGGGGUGUGCAAACUGUGGCUGCGGCGGUGGUGGCUACGAAACUUCCGACUGGAAUUGUAACUACAGUUGCUAUACCAGCGGACUGACUCGGAACAUUAACUUUGAGUCUGCAAACUAUCUCGACUGGAACACCAUUACUUGCCAAUUGCCUGGCCAAGUCAAAGCGAUAGACUGCUGGCAGUGGACCGUCGUCUUCCAAGGAUUCAUCCAUGCAACCCAGAUCGGCAAGUAUACUGUUGCGCCUUACAAAGUCACAGAUAAUGCGCUCUUCUUCUGGGGUGGAGAGAAGGCGUACUCGUCCUAUGCAAAUGGUAACGUCGAUGGCGUUGUUAGCUACUCAGCCGUCUGGUGUGCCUACUACCUUUGA